CUCACGUCAACGGAGGAGAUAUCAUAGAGGCAGUGAUUCUGUGGAGGAGACAACAUCAGUCCAUAGUCCCCAGUGUUUUGCCCAAGGAAAUGGCGGACGUCAAAGCCUUGGAGCACAGUACUUUGAAGGUUCCGUAUGAGAUCCUGAACAAAAGAUUUAGAAAUGCUCAAAAACUGAUUGACAAAGAAGUGACUCAUAUUUCCACUCAGAUGAAUGAGAUUGCUUCAUCUGCAUCUAGUGAAAGUACAACUGUAGAGGAAGCAUCAAAUUCUCUUGGAGAUGUCGUUAAAAAAUUGGAAGACUUUAAAAGAAAGGCAGCAGAUGCUCUAACAAGAGAGGAGGAAACUGGCAGAAAUUGCAAAGCAAGAAUUGAGUUAUUGAAAGACCAUACAGACAUCAGGAAAAAUGCUCAGCUCGUUUGGAAAAGAAAACGCCUUGAAAGAAUGCUGGUUGACCAUUUUUUAAGAUCAGGAUAUUAUGAGACUGCUAUUUUGAUGGCAAAGAAAGCAGAUAUUGAAAACUAUGUUGAUGUUGAUCUUUUUCUUGCUGCAAGAAAAGUGGAAGAUGCCCUUCGAAUGAAGAGAUCUGAACCAUGUCUUGCAUGGUGCCAUGAUAAUAAAUCCAAGCUCAGGAAGUUGAAGAGUAGAUUAGAAUUAAACAUCAGGUUGCAAGAAUUUGUUGAACUUAUCCAACAGGAGAGAAGGCUGGAAGCGGUGAUGUACGCGAGGAAGUUCUUCAAUCCAGCCAAUGGCUAUGUGCACGCAGAUCCAGACAUUCAUAAACCAAUGGCUUUGCUUGCUUUCAAACCAGAAAGCCACUGUGCAAGAUAUGAGGGAUUCUUUCGCAAAGACCGCUGGGAGAAUCUUGUGGAGCAAUUUCGUAGAGAAAAUUUUGCUCUCCAUCAAUUGAAUUCACAGUCAAUCUUGGAGGUUACAUUGCAGUGUGGAUUAGCGUCCUUGAAAACACCUCACUGCUACCAUGACGACGAAAAGAGUCCUGACUGUCCCGUAUGUAGCCGAUUGUUCAACGAUUUAGCUAAACAGCUACCAUUUGCACAUUGCGCCCAGUCGAGGCUGAUUUGCAGUAUGACAGGCGAGGCUAUGAAUGAGUACAACCCCCCCAUGAUGCUGCCAAAUGGAAAUGUUUAUGGCGAGAAUUCCCUGCAAAUGAUGGUCCACCCUGAAGAUAACAACUCGAUUCAGUGCCCCCGCUCGAAAGACAAGUACAAAUCUGAAGAUGCACAGAGAGUUUAUGUCAUGUGAUUGGUUUAUGGCUGUCAUUUAGUUAUAAAUCUCCAAUUAACAUUUUAUAGGUAUACCAAUUUCGUUUACUGUUAAUUUAUUCAUUCUUUAUUUAACAAUGUCAGUUCACAA